AUACAAAAAAAAAAAGAAAAAAAAAAAGUAGCUUCUCUUUGAAUCUGCUCACCCACUACAAGCUGAAGAAAGAAGAAGAAGAGGCGAUUUUGCAGUCAAGUCUUUGACAACUCUGAAGAACUUCCCUUUCAUCAUCAUCACCGUGAAACAUGGCGGAAAAAGGUCGUCCGUUGCCUAAAUUUGGUGAAUGGGACGUCAAUGAUCCAUCUUCAGCUGAGGGAUUUACAGUUAUUUUCAACAAGGCAAGGGAUGAGAAAAAGACAGGAGGAGGCCAAACUGAUUCUUCAUCAACAAAGGAAGAAACUGCACUUAGGCAUGGCCAUGGAGGUGCACAGCUUGGGAAACCACCUAAUAAGAAAUGGUUCUGCUGCAUGGGAUGAUAAUGAAUCCCAUUACCUGGAAUUUGAAGCUUGUCCAACUUUCAAACAAUAUUAUUAACAACAGGAAAUUUAGUUCCAUAUCCAUGUGCUGUCUCUGAAACAAAUACUAUGUUCUUGUAUCCUGGGAAUGGCUGCCUGUCUGUGGUUCUAUCUUUUCUGUGAGUGAGUGAUUAAACAUGAUGAAGUUUGUUCAAGCUAAGGAAACCUUAUAAACAAAUAAUUUUAUGUUGUAUCUUGUGUUUAUUCUUG